AUGGAAAACAUAUCAGCUGUGACCUCCUUCAUAUUGAUUGAAUACAUGGGAAUGGAAGAUCUAAAAUACUUGUACUUCAUAGUAUUCCUUCUGCUUUACAUCCUGAUAUUAUGUCUAAACCUACUUCUCAUUGGUUUAAUUUACUUUGAGAAAAGUCUCCAUGAACCCAUGUACAUCUUUGUAGGCAACCUUGCAGUGAAUGGAAUCUAUGGAAGCACCAUAUUAAUCCCUUUCCUCCUUAGUCAACUGAUGUCUUACUCACAUGAAAUCUCUCUGGGACUCUGCUUGGCACAAAUUUACUGUUUGCACACAUACGCUAUUGCUGAGUUCUCUGUUUUAGCAGUUAUGGGCUAUGACAGGUUCAUUGCAAUUUGUCACCCGUUACACUACCACAUUGUCAUGUCCCCUCAGAAAGUGAUUGGUCUUAUUGCCUUGUCCUGGAUGUAUCCAUUUAUUGCUUUCGGUAUGUAUUUUAUACUCACAGCUAAGCUUACUUUCUGUAGCAGGAUCAUACCUAAAGUUUACUGUGCCAAUUUUGUAUUAGUUCGACUGUCAUGUUUUGAUACCUCAGUUCAUAGUAUUGUUGGCCUGAUUUCAGUUGUAUUCUUAAUUGCUCCUCAGCUCUUGAUGGUAAUUUUUUCCUAUGCACAAAUACUCAGAGUCUGUCUGCUUGCCUCCAGGGACUCUCGUGUCAAAGCUCUGCAAACAUGCACUCCUCAUCUACUGGCUGUUGUAAAUUAUUCAGUUGGAGUCUUUUUUGAAGUUAUUCAAAGCAGGUUUAACAUGAGUAAUUUCCCUUAUGGCUCUCGUAUGUUCAUGUCCCUUUAUUUCUUGAUAGUUCCUCCUCUGUUAAACCCUACAAUAUAUGGAAUAAGUGUCCAAAACAUAAGAGUGCGGAUUCUCAAAAUUUGUACUGCUAAAAAGCAAGUUCACCGAGCUUCAUGA